UGGUUUUUGUUUGUUUCUUUGUUUUUUUAAACAGCUCAUUUGUGACGGGGACAGCCUGCUGUGGACACACCUCACCUCUGAGAAUCUGGGACCUUGAGAGUGGUCAGCUGUUGACCUGUUUAGGGACCGACUUCCACCGUGGAGCUGGAGUCCUGGAUGUGUUCUAUGAAACGCCUUCCCUUCUCCUUUCCUGUGGGUAUGACACCUACAUCCGCUACUGGGACAUACGGACCAGCACCAGGAAGUGUGUCCAGGAGUGGGAAGAGCCCCAUGACAGUGCCCUGUACUGCAUAAGGAGUGAUAAGAACCAUAUGAUUGCCAGUGGCUCUUCCUAUUACGGUGUGGUGCGCCUCUGGGAUAAGCGGCAGACUCGGUGCCUGCAGAGCUUUCACCUGUCUUCACCCACCAGCAGCCCAGUGUACUGCCUCCGUUUCAGUACCACCCACUUGUACGCUGCCCUGGCAUCAGCCCUGCACGUCCUGGACUUCACCGCCUUGUGAAGGGCACCACAGCUGCUUCUGGUGACCCCAGCUCAGCAGAGCUGACACUUGGCUCAGGGAAUUGCAGGGCAGGAGAGGUGAGAAAGGCCCACAAGGCUUCUGAAGGGACUUUUUUCCUUCCAGAAAGCUACAAUGAAGAGUGCACAAAGGGCCAGACUUUCUCAACCUUACCUGCCUGUUAGUAAAAAUAAUAGGCCAAUUGACCUUUACCCUUUUUCUUUUGUGCAAGUCAGGAAUUGUUUUAUUAACUGUGUUCCUUUUUUUUAUUUUUUUUUUUCCUGUGGAUACAUCAUUUGAGGGGCAAGUUGAGCCAGGAUGCCCUAUCAGUUGUGUGCUGGUCAGUUUGACAUCAGCCAAGUUCUAAGCAUGUGAAGCAAGACUAGGCUGUGUGUAGGGUGGACUGAUUUGGUGGAAAGGAAAGAUGCCUGGAGUGAGGCCCACCUUUCUCCUUAAUUUGCUGUUCUGACAGCUGCUUGUGUUGUCCUUCACAGCCAAGAGCAACAAUUGAGCUAAAAGGCAGAGCCAGCCCUGCUUUCAGUGUGCCUCCCCAAACUGGCUGUCAGGUCAGGCUAUGCACUUGGCAGGGCUGAAAUGGUCGUGUUUUGCUAAAUAAAACUGAAAGGAAACAAAAGA